AGCGCCGUAGCCGCGGGGCCGCAGGCCUGGAUCGGCGCGGGUGCCCUGUCGCAGCGUCGGUCCCCGGCUCCGCGCUCCUCGUUCUGUCUGCUCCGUCGCUGUGAGGAAAAAGCCCCAGGGCCCCUCGUUCUCCUGCGCGGGAGCCGCUUCUCCCCCGGGCUUCUCCCGGGACCGCCGCGUUUGAGGUGCUGUGCCCGGCAGCCGCCGCAUCAUCCCAGCGGGAUGCGCUGGAGCGAAAAAAAUGGAGCUGUCAAGAAGAGAAGAUCAAAUCAGGCAGAUAUUCCUGACAGUCUUUGUCAAGAAGCCGAAACAUGUUAUCAGCUUAGACUGCCUGAGGACUUCUACCAGUUUUGGAAGUUUUGCGAGGAACUAGAUCCUGAGAAACCAAGUGAUGCACUUGUGUCAAGUGUUGGACUUAAACUGGUUGGACCAUAUGAUAUUCUUGCUGGAAAACACAAAAAACCAAAAUCAACAGAUGUGAACUUCAACCUUCAUUGGAGAUUCUUCUAUGAUCCCCCAGAAUUCCAGACUAUACUUGUUGGGGAUAGCAAAACACAGUAUCACAUGGGAUAUUUCAGGGAUGUGCCAGAUGAGCUCCCAGUGUGGGUUGGUGCAAAUGAAGCUAAGAAGGGCUGUGUGAUUUCACAAGUUGGUGAUAAUGUCUUUGCAGCAGUCAAAUUAUUUUUGUCAAAAAAACUCAAGGAAGUGACUGAUAAAAAGAAAAGUGCUGUUUUGAGAGACCUAGAUGAAAAGCUAACAAGGACAGCAAAAGAUCUGGGUUAUUCUCUGGAACAAAAAACCAUGAAGAUGAAACAGAGAGAUAAGAAAGUGGUGACCAAAGCAUUUCAUGGAGCAGGUCUAGUUGUUCCUGUAGACAAAAAUGAUGUUGGAUACAGAGAACUUCCUGAAACAAAUGCUAAUCUUAAAAAAAUUUGCAAGGCUAUUGUUGAUGCUCCUACUGAUGAUGAAAGAGUGAAGGCUUUUGCACCCAUUCAAGAAAUGCUGACCUUUGUUCAGUUUGCUAAUGAUGAAUGUGACUAUGGAAUGGGGUAUGAACUGGGUAUGGACCUCUUUUGCUAUGGAUCACAUUACUUCCACAAGACGGUGGGCCAGCUGCUGCCCCUGGCUUACUCCCUGCUGAAGAGGAACCUCUUUGCCGAGAUCAUCGAGUCGCACUUGGGCAGCCGGCGGGAGGAGGGCCUGGACCAGCUGGAGCCCUGAGCCGGGCACCGGGGCUACGGCGGGGCGGGCAGCCUUGUCUGUCUGUGUGUGUGUGUGGGCUUUUUGUACUCAGUGGCGGUGUCUUGGGGUCAGUAAAGCUUUUCUAAGGAACGCGCUGUUUCCCGGUGCUGGCUGCGCGCGGCGGGCCAGGCCCGGGCCUGGAGGGGAGGGGGAUCACGUGCCGCCGGGCGGGGCUGUUGCGGCGGAGGGGCGGGCGGUGCUGCGGCCCGGACACAUCCGCGCCUGCCCGGGCUGCGCCCCCGCCCCGGGCUGCGGGCAAGGCGGGCCAGCCGGCGUGGCGUGAGGGAGAGUGGGAGCGGCGGGCUGCUGCCUCCCACUGCUCUGAGCGCCCGCAGGCACCGGCCAGGUGACUCAUGCAGCCAGCUUGUUCCGUACACACCUGCGGAGCCUCACGUCCCUGCUCCGGGUGAUUGUUGGUGCCGUUCUGCGCCUCCUCACCCGCAGGUGCAGCGUUCCCGUCUGUGGCAGAGCACUAACGCGGGUCCUGCAAUCCAGGGGCUGCCUCAGUUUGGAGGAAACAAAUGGGAUGAAGGGAAGCCUAAAUGACGGUACAAGACAAAUUUGGAAUUGCACUGCAAUUGCUACCUUGCUAAUCAGAAGUCAUCCCCAGCUUUCAACACUAAUCUGGACACUUAAAAAUGGAACCAAAUUGAUUUUGUACAAAAUAGAAAUGACAUGUUUUCAAGUUCAUUGGCCCACAGCUCUGUGAGUUUUAUUCUUGGGCAACUGAUUGAAAUAACAGUCCAUAAACAAUGGAAAAUAACAUUUGCUCUGACUCAACAGACCUGCCACCAUACAGUGACUUCCACUGUAGUAAGUCACAGCAUUACUAAUGACAGUAAGUAAUACCGAUGACAGAAAGUAAUACUGAUUACUACUGACAAAGAUUACAGGCCAGGAGCAACAUGCUCAAAUUUAAGUCGUUCCUACUUUUUUAGCCACAGAUUGUACCUCCAAUUCACAGUGUAGGUUAGAGUGCUGCAGAAAAGUAUCUUCAGUUUUAAAUGAAGGAGAUAAUCUACUUUUGUAAAUUUGACAGCUUCAUCCCUUUCACUCAGCAUGUUCUAUUUAUUCAAGCACAAGCAGACAGUGACUCUUUCAGGGGCCUGAAGUUUUGUUUUAUACAUUAAAAAAGAGGUACUUUCUCGAAUAUUUAGUCUUAUGUUCUGAACAGAACAGACCUUCAUAUUAAUGCCCUGUAAAUUAUACACAUAAUAGAAAAGUAGAAUCAUGGAAUGGUUUGGGUUGGAAGGGACCGUAAAAUUCACCUUUUGCACUGUUAUUUAGAUAUCAACUUAGAUCUGCAACAAUGGGGACCUUAGGCUGGAAAUCCAUACUCAUCUAUUAAUGCGAUGAAGAAUGAAAUUUGUUACACCGACUGAAAAAUUACUGAGUGCUGUUCAUCAUUAAAUGGGAGACAGACUCUUUAUCAGGGCCUGCUGCAAUAGGACAAGACAGAAUUUUUUACUGUGAGAGUGGUGAAACACUGGAACAGGUUGCUGAGAGGGGUGGUAGAUGCCUCAGCCCUGGAAGUGUUCAAGGUCAGAUUGAAUUGGGACUUUGAGCAAUGUGGUCUAGUGAAAGUGUCCCUGCCCACUGCAGGGGGAUUGGAAGCAGAUGAUCUGGAAGGUCCCUUCCAACCCACGCUAUUCUAUGAAUAUACAUCAUCAACAGAUGGCUUUUAGACAACAAAAGCAUCAUCCACUUUUAACCAUUUUAAAUCAGAAAAGCCAACUAUUCUAUAAUUAAAACAAAAACUUAAAUGUUUGUUUUGGAAAAAAACCCUACCUAAUAGUGACCUGUGUGAUUGGGUUGAUUUGGCUACUAAUUUGUAGCCAAAUACUAGGCAAUGCAAAGACUGCACCUCAUAACAUUCAUUCUUUCCUUUAUCUGCUUACUAGUUUUAUAUGUAAGAUUUCUAGCUGUUAAUUUUCUCUCAGGUGAAAAUAAAUGCAAAACCACCAUAAAUAUUGUGAAAACAAUAAAAAAGCAUGAACA